AUGUCUCAACAUUCAUCAUCAACUAGUUCACAUUCAUCAUCAACUAGUUCACAUUCAUCAUCUUCUCACCAUGGAAAAACUCUCUCAAUGGAGUUUGUAGAUGAAGAUGUGAUGAACGUCACUCCACUUUGCAUGAUACCAGGCGACACCCCAGGUCCCUCGUCCAAAGCUGGAGAUAAGCAAGAGGAAGAAAGCUCUGAGAAGGAGGAUGAACCUUUGGUUAAUCUUGUAAAACCGAGUGUUGCUGAGAAACUGAGAACUAGGCAAGGGAAAAGUGUGGCAAGAAUGAGAACAGGAAGAGUGAAAAAGACGGCUAGUAUAGGACCCUCAAAAGCUUGGAGCAAGGUUGAGGUUAGGAAAAGGAAAGAAAGAGAUAACUUUGACUCUGAGGAAGAUGUCAAAGGCGAUGUCCCAGACAUCUCCCCUGCAAAAAGGCAGGCUGUUCAGAAGUCUCCUGGCAAGACUGAUGCUGUGCACUUAGACAAUAUCUACUUUCAUUUGGAAGAUGGGGCAACAAAAUGGAAAUAUGUCAUUCAGAGGAGAGUAGCUAUUGAAAGAGAGCUUGGACAAGAAGCUGUAGAGGUAAAGGAGGUAAUUGAGUUGAUCAAAAAGGCUGGACUCAUGAAGACUGUGGUAACUCUACCCCAAUGCUAUGAGGGGUUGGUAAAAGAGUUUAUUGUUAAUAUUCCUGAGGAUAUUCAGGAAAAGAGCAGCAGGGAGUUCUGCAGGGUGUUUGGCUCUUAA